GAUGGCUGACAAUGUUAAUAUUAACAAAAACAGUACUUCUGGUUCUAUUUCGACAAACACAACUCAUGCAUCCACUAGCUCAUCGAAAAAUACCUCGGCAAAUUCAAGAGAUAUCGACGUAAAACAAAAAUCAGGUGGUGCCUCGCUUGCAGAUUUUUUAUUGCAUUUGGAUGAUUACACACCAACGAUUCCAGAUGCAGUUACAUCGUAUUAUUUAAACAGAUCUGGUUUUGAGACUUCAGACCCGAGAUUGGUUCGUUUGAUCUCUUUAGCUGCUCAGAAGUUUGUUUCUGAUAUUGCAAACGAUGCUCUACAGCAUUGCAAAAUGCGAGGAUCUGUACAAAGUUCAAGAAAAUCAGGAAAAGAUAAACACUACACAUUGACCAUGGAGGAUCUCACUCCAGCACUUGCAGAAUCUGGGAUUAAUGUAAAAAAGCCACCAUACUUUUUAUAAUACAUUGCUAUAAAUGGGUUGAAAGGUAGAAAAUAUUAAAAAGAAAAAACUUGCGCAGAAUCAUUUGUCAGAAAAGAAAGCAUUUUUAUCAACAAGUACUUGCUGGCAACAACAUAUAUUGAAAUGAAACGUUUUAUUUUUUCUAAUUAUUGAUGAAUAAAUUACUACUGUCA